UAGGAUACAGACGACUGCAGAUUUCAGCCAGAUAAAAUUGCUGCGAAAAUGACUGACUACAAAUGGGUUUGGGGAGGCGAGGCAGCAUUGGAACAAGCUGUGAGAGAGAUAGGACCGAUGUCUGUUGUGAUUAAUGGAAGUCUGAAAUCCUAUCAACAUUAUAAAGGAGGAGUUUACUAUGAUGAAAAUUGCAAUGGAUAUGUAACCGAUGAAGUGCUAGUGGUUGGUUUUGGAACUGAGGAUGGAAUGAACUAUUGGCUGGUUAAAAACAGCUGGGGAACAGACUGGGGUGAAGACGGGUACAUCAAAAUUGCUAAGGAUAGAGGGAAUCACUGUGGAAUUGCUAGUUUUGUGCGGUACCCUGUCGUGUAACGAGCCAACUGAUAAGACAGAGCUUCAUCAAUCCCAGCUGAAUGAAAGUCCGGACUAUUUCUGUUAAUGCUGACUCAUUCAAAGACAUUGCUUUAAUUGUCUGCUGCAAAUUUAAAAAGUGAAAUAAUAACGAUUUUUGCAAAUUUCUAUCGCUUCAUAUAAAACCAAUGGCAUUGUCUGAUUGAUACAUAUCGCCACUGUAAAUGAUAGAGUGAAUAUAUUCCCCAGCUUGUAGAAGACAAUAAUCUGCAUGUACUGCUGAUGUCCAACAACAUAAUAAAGGCUGCCAGCAAUCAUUUGCAGAGC